AUGACCCCAAACGAGGCCAUGCAUAAAUUGAGACCGAAGGAAGAGAAGGGUCCAAGUGAACCAGAUGAGCAAGUGGUACUGCAGCCAGUCCUACAUCAUGGUGAGCCUGGGGCACUGCUGGUGGUAGGGGAGGAGAGGAGGAAUAGGGGAAUCCCCAGGGAAUUGCUGGGACUACUCAACCAAGGUACCUGCUGGCAAGAAACAGAGGAGGAAAAUCGAAGGACUGCCAAAAUCGUGAAGCUUAAAGCAACGCUGCUCAACAGGAACGGAUUCAGGUUUGUCUACCAAGAGCUGAAACCUGCGACUUAUCAAUUGACGUGCAGCAAUGCCAACGCAGAGUUCUCAGUGGCAAUGUAA